CCUGGCGCCCCGGUGGCCGGCACUCCGGGCUCCGUGAGAGCCGGGCCCUCGCCGCCCCGAGCCCUCCCGGGCCCUUCAGUGGCCGGGCGCCCCCGAUCAGAAGCGCGGCAGCCCCCUGCCCCGAGCGCUCGGACCGGGGCUGCCCCCCGCCCGCGCCGGUACUUCUUCCCUGCACCCCUGCCCCAGGCCGUCCGGCGGCCACCGCCGCUGCCUCCGCCCGGCCGGGCCGUCUGGAUGCUGGCGGGCUGGGGCUGGGAGGCGCCGCGGAGAAGCAGGGACAGCCGGGUCCGGCCCUGCCCGGGCUGUUUCCUCAAUGGAGAAGUUGGUGAGUGUGGAGGCGGCUGGAAGAAGGAAGGGAGGCAGCAACUGAGGAGACAGGUGUGAGCUAGCUGGGGGGCGAGCGACGGCAGGAGAGGGUCUGCCCACCCGCCCGAGCAGCCGCGGAGCUCUGACCAGCUUCCACCGUCAAGGUUAAGAAAGUUUAUUAACACCAUAAUCUGGAGACACUGGAAACCGCCACUCACAAUGCUGUAUGUGCACAAUGAUUAUUAGGCAAUCCACAUAUCAGGAAAAGGGGCAUUCUUUCAUAAGGCUGAUCCCUGUGACCUAAUGAAUCCUUUGUAAAAAAGUGGACUCAGCUAGGAUGUUACACCACCAUUGUCGGAGGAACCCUGAACUCCAGGAAGAGUUGCAGAUUCAAGCUGCAGUGGCUGCCGGGGAUGUUCACACAGUGCGGAAGAUGUUAGAGCAAGGCUACUCUCCAAAUGGCCGGGAUGCCAAUGGCUGGACCUUGCUUCAUUUCUCUGCAGCAAGAGGAAAGGAAAGAUGUGUUCGAGUAUUUCUAGAGCAUGGAGCUGAUCCCACAGUUAAGGACUUAAUCGGAGGCUUCACUGCUCUUCAUUAUGCAGCCAUGCAUGGCCGGGCCCGGAUUGCACGCCUGAUGUUAGAAUCUGAAUACAGGAGCGACAUUAUUAAUGCAAAAAGCAAUGAUGGCUGGACUCCCCUUCAUGUGGCUGCUCACUAUGGUAGGGACUCAUUUGUCCGACUCCUACUGGAGUUCAAGGCUGAGGUUGACCCGCUCAGUGAUAAAGGUACAACACCGCUUCAGCUCGCCAUUAUCCGAGAGCGGUCAAGCUGUGUGAAAAUCCUCCUGGACCACAACGCCAACAUCGACAUUCAGAACGGUUUCCUGUUGCGAUACGCUGUGAUUAAAAGCAAUCACUCUUAUUGCCGAAUGUUCCUCCAGAGAGGAGCAGACACAAACUUGGGUCGCUUAGAAGAUGGACAGACUCCUUUACAUUUGUCUGCCCUUAGGGACGAUGUGCUUUGUGCACGGAUGUUAUAUAAUUAUGGAGCGGACACGAACACAAGGAACUAUGAAGGACAGACCCCAUUGGCUGUUUCAAUAAGCAUUUCUGGAAGUAGUCGACCAUGUUUGGAUUUCUUACAAGAAGUCACAAGACAGCCCAGAAACUUGCAGGACCUGUGCCGAAUUAAAAUUCGACAGUGUAUAGGCCUUCAAAACCUAAAACUACUUGAUGAACUACCAAUUGCCAAGGUCAUGAAAGACUACUUAAAACACAAAUUUGAUGAUAUCUGAUACACAGAGAACUGUGAGCAAGAUUAGGAGUUAUAUUCCAGAUACUUAAAAGGCUUUUUGCCUUGCACAAAGUAUAUCCUAUGCAAUUUCUGAUUUGCUGUGAAGUCAGAAAGCAGGUAUACACUUACAGGUUUUUUUGUUUGUUUGGUUGGUUUUCAUUGUAGGGGAGAGGUUUUUAUACACACACACACACACACACACACACCCCACAUGCUUGAAGGUCUUAAUUUGGUUUCUUGGUCCAAGUUUAAGAGGUCCAAGCUUUCUAUACAAUAUUGCAUUUAAAACAAUUGUUUUUCCAAAAUGACACAAGCAAGUUUGGAGUGGAGAAUUGACCCUUUCCAAAUUUAUGGUUUCAUUGGCGUGCACAAUAUUAUAAACCAGCAGAGCACUUGUUACAGUUUGGAGGCACAAUUUCAGCCAGGGCAUCCAGGGUCCUACUGGAAAAUGCCCUAAGAAAUUUUUUAAGUAAUGCCGUCACCUCAUUCAUUUUAAUGAGUAAAAAUUGGCUGUUUCAAACUGUUCGUUUCCUAAUUAAUGUAGCUUUGGAUGACUUACACCCAGCCCCCUGCUUUCCGUUGGUGUGCUCGUUCUAACUCACUUUUAACAGCUGUAGUACACUACCCAGAGAUGUUGAGUCUCAACCUCUGUCUCUAGUUGAAUCGUGCUUUUAAAACAAUUAACGGGAAAGAAAAAACUUUAUAAAGCCCGUGUAUUCUGUUUUUAAAAUAGUGCCUCCAGUGCAAACUCUUUCUGGUGUAUUUUAUCCAUUAUUUCACUUGAUGUUCCUCAUUCCACAGCUGGCUUUGACAUGCCUAUAAGAACAGGAACUGCCACUUUAAUUUUAAUUGCAGAACAUAGUGUCAGUUGCAAUUUCCAUUUUAAGCUUUGUCUUUUACUUCAGUUUAAGCAGAAAAUUUCAUGUCCUGGUGGUAGAGUAUUCCCUAAAAAUAGCCAAAAUACUGUUAAAUCAUUUGGCUUUAAUGGAUAAAUAAUUUGGGAUGGUUUCAUGGUGUUUAUUUCUUCCCAGCUGAAAUAAAAUGUCUAAAGGGUAAAAUUUCUAAUGGGUGCACAUUUGUAAGUCUGGUUAAUUUCUAAUAUGCUAAUUAAGCAUUUCGUAUCUAUUUUAAAGUUAUACACAGUGACGCUCUUCAGAACAGUUAUUUUCUGGAUUGAUCGGCAUAUGUUUGCAGUGUAAACAUGAAUAUGAUAAAGUGUGAAUAACAGUGGUUCCAGAGGUAUUAGGAAUCUAUGGAGAUGCCCUUCGAAAUGAGCCCUGUGCUUGAUGUGUCAUCAUAUUAGUUCCAGAAGCUUUAAAACUAUCCCAGUAUUGUUCUUAGUGCUUUGGGAAAUUUCAGAAUAUUUACACACUAGUAAUAAAUUUAUUAUCAGAAGUUUACAAAAGAAAGGGCUUCUCUUGUCUCAAUUUCUAGUUUUAAGUCAUUAAGUAUAAAGUUAUUUCACCUGAAAAGUAAAACUAAGUAGAAUUAGGAGUCUCCUCUGGUUUUAUCCUUUAUCAGAGCCAACAGUGAUAUUUCCUCAAGCACAAAAUUUAUUCUCCUGGAUGUGAAGUAGCUCUGGCAUCAAAUACCUGCUCUGCUGGGCCUGGGCUGGGAGCAGGUUUCUGAACAGUGGGCAGCUUCGGGAAGAGAGUGAUGUGAGGGAUCAAGGAUGGGGUACGUAGCCUCUUCCGCAGGGAACCACUCAAUGUGUGGCCAGUUUUGCAACCAUCCAAAAACUGUAACUGAGGUGUGAUAGAAAUGGGUGUUCCGAUUUUUUUUUUCCAUAAAAAUAUCUCCAAAAAGUUAUCUUCUGAGAGAGAGUCCUUGUGAAGCUAGGAGCUGAGCUGUGUUCUCCUUCUGGAAACCAAUAACCAGGUCAGAGCUAAGGCACACUUGACAUCAGGGACCUGGCUUGGCUGGAAAUGAAUGGUGUUGCUUCUCCCUGAACCCAGGCCAGGGAGACAAGGACGUGGGAAGGCAGGCAGAACCCUGCCUUUGAGCAGUGAUGUUACUGUUACGUUCGCACAGGGCUCAUCUCCUCAUGUGUCUAUUAAUUUAUUCAGUUAGUUUAAAAUGAUUUUCUUUCCCCAGCCAUUCGGAGGUCUCCAAAACUAAGUUCACCACUGAGAGUCAGGAAAUUCCAAGUAAAAAAGAUCAGAUUAAGGUAAAUUCUUUGCUCUGUAUUGCUCCUUAGACUUAAGAGAAAAAAAAAAAUUAUGAGGCCUCUUCCUGGAAUCAGAGUUUCUAUUUAAUGAAGAAGUGUAUAAUUCAAUUAUUUGUUUGAAGUUUGAUUUUUCUGGAAGCUUGAAAAGAGUGUUUUAUUUUUGUUGUUACUAGAAUCCCAAUCACAUAUCAUCUUUAACAGUAACUAAAAUGUCUCAAAGUUGGUAACUGGUGGAAUACAGGGAUGAAUGUGCAGGUCUGCUCUCCACUUUGAUUGGCAGAGAAGCACUCUGUAGUAACAUAAUGAGAACAAAUGUUUUCAGAAAAUCAACUGGUUUUUCCAGAAUCUUGACUGAAAUGUUCAGAAUAGUAUCAAAUUUGUCAUUGAUCCUUCUGUGUUUCUUUUGAAAUUUAUUAUUUAAGCCUGUUACUAAACCUUUAUAAAAAUAUAUUUGGCAAGUACACCAAAGACACCAGCUCAUAAAAUAUUAUGAUUAUUAAUGAACUGCAAACCUCAUCUUUUGCAAACGGAAGAUUUUUUUUGUGUGUGUAAAUAUUUGUGUUUAUAAAUGUACAGCAGAGUAAGGGUGUUUUUUAGAUUAUUUAAUUUCCAUAUUUCUAAACUAUUUACUACAGAAUAAUCCACGCUUGUUAGUUUGGAAGACUUGACAAUUUUGUUUUUUUAAUUCAUUAUCAGUCAUGCUUGGAGCAGCAUUUCCGCUAGAGAAUUCAGUGUUCUGGCAGUAGCAAGAGUACACAUCUGGAGCAUGAGGGAGUCUAGCUUGGUUUGUCAGAUACACACCCUACGAGAUGAGAAUGUGUAGUUUAAUUACCACAAUGGACCAUACAAAAACUGAGGUUCUAACUUUGCUGCAGAAUUGCACAUCAGCCCAGAGUGUCAUUGGGAUGAGGCCCUUGGCCCACAAAUUUAGCUCUCAUGUAACUCCUAGUGUGUUAUAUCAUAAUGUAUUUUGUUCUUCCUUUGUAAUGUAAGUUUUGCUUUGGGUCAGUUUGAAUUAAAAAAAAAAUCACUUAAAUCUGGUUUAAAA